CUUCUAAAAGAUUAAUUAAUCAUCAAUUAUCUAAAAUAAAUCCAAUUUUGGAAUUACAAAGAGCGCCUCCCACCAAAACAACCCUGAGGCGGUGGUACUGUUCCGUUUCUUCUCCCACAUUGGGAAAUCCCUGUUAUUUGUGAAACCCAGAAGAGACUGGUGGUAACUGUUCAAGCCGCCGCCGCCGCCGCCGCCGUAUGAGGAUCAGGAGGAGCCUUUUGGGGACACUCAUCUCACCUUUGCAUGAUGCUGAGUUAUAUUCACUCACAUUGAGUAUGAAACAUGAAUUUUGUAUUCAUGUUUGUAACUUUGCAAGACAUCUGAGCAGUUCAGCUCGCAUAAGAAAAGUGGAUUUUACAGAUCUUACCCAUCCUCACACAUGGUAUCCACAUGCACGAAAGAAGACUCGAAAUGUUAUUUUACAUGUGGGUCCAACAAACAGUGGGAAAACACACCAUGCCCUCAAACAACUGCAGUCAAGUUCUUCGGGCAUUUAUUGUGGGCCAUUGAGGCUGUUGGCAUGGGAGGUGGCAAAACGGUUGAACAAAGCUAACGUUCCUUGUGACCUUAUAACUGGACAAGAAAUUGAGGAAGUUGAGGGUGCAAAGCAUAAAUCUGUUACCGUAGAAAUGGCGGAUGUGUCUUCUAAUUAUGGGUGUGCUGUUAUUGAUGAGAUCCAGAUGAUAGGAUGCAGUACAAGGGGGUUCUCAUUCACACGUGCUUUAUUAGGAAUAUCUGCCGAUGAGCUUCACUUGUGUGGAGAUCCUGGAGCUGUUCCUUUAAUCAAGGAGAUCCUUAAAGUGACUGGCGAUAGCAUUCAGGUCGAAUACUAUGAGAGGCUCUCGCCCCUUGUCCCGUUGAAGGUUCCUCUGGGCCCAUUCACCAAUAUACGGACUGGCGACUGUAUUGUGACCUUUUCACGCCCUAAAAUUUAUAGGCUUAAGAACCUAAUUGAAAGGGGAGGAAAGCAUCUUUGCUCUGUAGUGUACGGUUCAUUGCCUCCUGAGACUCGAACCAGACAGGCAACAAUGUUCAAUGAUGCAAAAAGUGUCUUCGAUGUUCUGGUGGCAAGCGAUGCUAUUGGGAUGGGUCUCAAUCUCAACAUAUCUAGAAUAAUAUUUUCUACAUUAAAGAAGUUUGACGGUUUAGAAACGCGGGAUCUGACAGUAUCUGAGAUAAAACAGAUCGCAGGAAGAGCUGGCAGGUAUGGAUCUCAGUUUCCUAUUGGUGAAGUGACUUGUCUAGAUGCUGAUGAUCUACCCUUACUUCAUUCUGCACUGGAUUGUCCAUCUCCUAUAAUUGAGAAAGCUGGGCUAUUUCCACACUUUGACCUUCUAUAUAUGUAUUCUCGUCUACACCCAAAACUCGGCCUUUACGAUAUACUGGAGCACUUUGUAGAUAAUGCAAAGCUAUCAGAAAAUUAUUUUAUAUCUAAUUGUGAAGAUUUGCUGAAAGUUGCUUCUAUUAUUGAUGAGUUGCCACUGAGUUUGCACGAUAAAUACCUCUUUUGUAUAAGUCCAGUGGACGUAAAUGAUGAAAUCUCAUCCCAGGGCCUCACCCAAUUCGCAACGAAUUAUUCAAAGAAGGGCAUUGUUAGACUUCGAGAAAUAUUUACUCCGGGGACACUUCAGGUGCCGAAGACGCAAACAGCACUUAAAGAGCUCGAAUCUAUUCACAAGGUUUUGGAUCUAUAUGUUUGGUUGAGUUUUCGGCUAGAUGAGAGCUUUCCGGACCGUGAGCUUGCCGCAUCACAAAAGUCCAUUUGCAGCAUGUUGAUUGAGGAUUUCCUAGAAGGACUCGGGGGAUUGCCUAUGCCCAGGACACGAAGGUUGCCUCGCACCAUCGGAGGACCUACUUGAACUCAACGUCUCAAAGCUGCGAAUUUAUGGCCCCUAACUUGUGCCUUUUUUUACACAACUCCCAUGUUCUUACCAGAUUCUUGGAACAUCAUAAUUUUAAUGAAGAGGGCUCAUGAGCAUGUCACAAAGUCAUUCUUAGAAGAUCAAUCCUACAUGGUGUUCUCCAACUUGCCCACUUUCACAUCACGGAAUUUCAGGUUUUAGAUUAGACAUUCAUUUUGUGCAAGAGGUGCUACAAUCACACCAAAGUUGACACGGCCAGCGUUUCACAGACAAUAAUUUCCAAUAGAUAAUGGUUGUCAGCAAGAUGAGAUGGAGGCGCGAGAGUUUAACUAUAUAAGGUUCAAUAAACAUAACAUUUGUUCACGACUCAUCUUUUUUUUAACAGUGAGACAAGUAUUUUUCUUCACAGAGUCAAGUGUUAUUUUUGUGGGUUUGGAAAGACAUACUUCCUUUAUCCUAAUUUGCCUUCUAUUGAUUGUGUACAUUUUUUAAUGAAGUAAUAACUAUACGAGUGAUUU